CUGGGCUCCAGUUCUGAUAUCGAUCAAGAGCGAAAAGAACCGCUUUCAAAAUGGUGAACAAGAAAGUUUAAUUGUAAAUAUAUAAACUCAAAGAACUGCGAGAAAUGUGGGCUGAAUAGGGCCCUUGCAGUCUACUGUAUGAGUGAGACAACAGCAAAAAACCAUCAUGGGCCCCAACGCAAAAAUAACUCUCAUGUCAACGAGAAAGCUGACGACAAASAAGAAGCACAGAGCGAUGAACUUGUCGUAAAAAACAAAAAAAUAUGUAACGAAAGCGAGAGAGAAGAGAAACCUCCGUCUCCUAUGGCAGAGGAAAGACAAGACAGGAGUGAGGAAAAUAAAGAUGGGAAUCAAGAUAGUGCACAGAAUAGUGAAGAGGAGAAGCAGCGACAGGAGCAGGAAAGGAUAGAAGUGCUUAAAGCUGUUGAGGAUGCCCAKGAACAGAUCAGAGCAAAACUUCUGAUUAGAAGCAAGAAUAUUGCUGCAUCAGCUACAUAUUCACAAGGAAACUCACUCAAAGGAUUAGACUCAUCUGUGAAGAAGAACUCUGCUUUUAUCAAAAAAUUGAAAUCUGUGACAGAGCAGCAACGAGARUCACUAAGUAAUGAAUGCAAUGGUCUUAACUUGUCCAGAUACAUCCAGGAAGCAGUAUCAUCUGUAAUCGAAGGUUUGACAAAACUCAAGCAAGCUGAUGUUAGCUGUGUGGCACAUAUUUGUGGUCUUAUUCAUCAAAGAUACGCUGAAUUCUCUGACCUUCUUCAGAAAGAGCUUGUUAAAGUCUUUGACAAAUAUGCUGGCAAAGAAGAUGARCGUGCAGGCAAUGUGUCCAGGUUUAGAGUGUCGCUACGACUGUUUGGRGAACUCAUUAUCAGUGGUGUGUUCUCAGAAAAUAGUAUCCAAGGACUYAAAGUCAUYCUUAGCAACAUCAUUAACUGCGAUAAGGAAAGYCAUGUGUAUGUGCAGAUUGUCAUCAGCUUUGCCAGGCACUGUGGUGAAGACUUUGCAGGAGUGUUGCCACGACGACAUCGACAAGUUACUGAAAAGCACAAUGUCACYUGGCCUACUAGUGGAGUSAUACCAGUUGAUGUACAAACAACAUUUCAUUCAAUGCUACAGAGCUAUUACAAUUCCCUGUCUAAACAUCUAUUGAAGGCACACAAAGACCUACAGAAUAGAGAAAGGCAAAAUAGACAUAUUCUUCUGACAAAGGGAGAGCUGCACUCUGACAAGAAAGAAGCACUUGAAAAAAACCAGAAAGCUUAUGAUAAACUGCUUAGUAGCACCUCUACACUGGCUGAUGUUUUAGAUGAAGAGAUGCCAGAACUGCCUGAAGAUAAAUUUGCACAAGAAASUGAAGGUGGAAUUACAGUUGAUAUUUUCAAUCCCUUCAAAAACAUGGAGUAUGAUGGAGAGAGUGGUAUAUGGGAAGAUGAAGACACAAGAGUGUUUUAUGAAAACCUGAAAGAUCUUAAAGCAUCUCUUCCUGGGAUUCUUUACAAGGAUGAACAUAAGCUCUCUAACUCUGAUAAUGUUAGUGAAGAGAAAGAGAAAAGUGACUCUGACAAAAGCAAAAAGCAAGAUGAUGACAUUCUGGAAGAAGUAGAGGAAAUUGAUAUUGAAGAAGAUGUGGAAGACAAUGAAGACAGUGCAGAUGAUUCUGGUUCUGAGGGGGGUAGUGUUKCUACUAGCAACAGUGCCAAUCUAGAGGUUAUUAUCACUAAACUACCAACCUGCGUCAACAAGGAUAUGAUAGAUGAAAUAGCAAUGGACUUCAUGCUGUCUUGUAACACGAAGAAGAGCCGUAAAAAACUAUGCCGAUCAAUGUUCAAUGUCCAGAGAACAAGGUUGGAUUUGUUGCCAAUGUACAGUCGUCUAGUUGCAACGCUAGAUCAGUGUGUGAAUGACAUCAGUCCUGAACUAGUCAAACUGUUGAAAGGAGAGUUUAGACACCAUGUGAGAAAGAAAGAUCAAAUYAACUUGGAAUCCAAGAUUAAGACAUCAAGAUUUAUAGGUGAAAUGACCAAGUUCCAGAUGUUUCCCAAGGGAGACACAUUGCUCUGUCUAAAGUUAUUACUUGAAGACUUUACACAUCACAACAUUGARAUGGCAUGUAAUCUGUURGAAGUUUGUGGCAGAUUCUUGUACCGUUCUCCUGACUCUCACAUCAGAACCAAGAACCUACUGGAAUUAAUGAUGAGGAAGAAAACUGUUCAGAAUCUUGACAGUCGUCACUUGGCCCUGAUUGAUAAUGCAUUUUACUACUGCAACCCCCCUGAACGACAAAAGUGCAUGGCAAAAGAGCGUCCACCAAUGCAUGAGUAUAUUCGUAAGCUGCUGUAUAAAGACCUGUCCAAGACUACUACAGAAAAGGUGCUUCGUCAAAUGAGAAAAAUCAACUGGGAUACUACUGAGAUUGCAUGUUAUGCCAUUAAAUGCUUGAUACGUAUCUGGAAUGUCAAAUACAACAGUAUCCAUUGUGCCGCAAACUUACUGGCAGGUUUGGCCAGCUAUCAUGAAGAGGUUGCUCUUUGUGUGGUCGAUGGUUUGUUAGAAGAAAUCCGUGUAGGAAUGGAGAUAAACCAUCCUAAAUUAAAUCAGCGUCGAUUAUGCUGUGUGAAGUACCUGGGUGAGAUGUACAACUAUCGUCUUGUCGAUACUCGUGUUAUCUUUAAUACUUUGUAUUCGUUCAUCACCUUUGGUAACAGUGAAGAAGGUGGUCCAUCAGAGCUCGAYCCUGCUACCCAUCUGUUCCGUAUUAGGCUGAUGUGUACUCUWCUAGACACGUGUGGACAAUACUUUGAUCAUGGCAGCUCAAAGCGAAAGCUAGAUUACUUCUUGGUCUACUUUCAGUUAUACAUCUUGCGAAAGAAGGCCUCUCCAGAAUGGAACGAMAAUCAUCCAUUCCCUAGAGAUGUUGAAUACAUGAUAGCUGACACRAUGGAAGUACUUCGACCAAAACUAAGRCUGUUCACUACGGUAGAUGAAGCUUUAACUAAAGUGAAGCAGAUACAGAAAGAUCAUCAGGAACAAAUGGUCCUACCAUUAAGUGACAGCCAAGACCAAGAGAACGAAAACCAAGAAACACUUCCAUCCAAUCCUAUCGCUGUACCUACUGUUGCUAAGGUAACAUCAAAUUCUCUUGGAAGCUCACCGUGCCAGUCUCCAAUGAUGCGCGACGAGUAUGAACCGAGUGAGUCUGGUGAGAGUGAGCAAGAUGUCGAGGAUGACAACGUUGACGAAGUUGAUGAUGAGUACGAGAUAAUCGACAUGGAAGAAGACGAGGAUGAYAUGAACAAGGUAAAAGUUCUUAGUCCCCCCAAGCAAGAACCAACUGUUGAGGACGUGGAAUUUGAAAGUCAGUUUGAGCGAUUAAUGAUAAACGACCUUCACUCGCGUAGAAGUGAAAUGAUAAAAGUUCCCAAUUUGGACAUCGCUGUUCCAAUGCAUCUUAAAGGUCAAGGUCGUAAGAGUGCACCAUCGCCUAAGAAAGAAGACAGUGUCAACUUUGUUCUGAUGCUUCGUAAAGGUAACAAACAACAGUACAAAGACUUCGAGGUUCCGAUCUCAUCGAACCUGGCAGCGACUGUCAAGCAAAAACAACAAGCUGAACAGGCUGAACAAGAAGAACUCAAAAGACUUGUGUUGGACUACAAUCAGAGACAAGAAGAAGAGACUUAUAACGAGAUCAUGUCCCAGCAGCGUCCGAGUGGGGAGUCAGCUGGUCGUGCACCAUAUCAACGACAUAAGAAACAACAACGGCCACCGCAGUACAAUGGAUGUCCUGAUCCAACAGUUGGUGGAAUGUUCCCAGACAUGAGGAAGCGUUGAGUUCCAAGACUGGCGUAUCUCAGCUUAAGCUGUGCUGACAGCACAAUGUUACCAGCUCCCAAUGGAUGAUGGUCAGGCCCUAUGUAACCACGCGUGUGUGGACGAGCCUUUCCUAUUGGCAGGUUUUUAACCAUUGUUUUAGUUCGUAUAACUGGACUAGACGGGCAUUUAAUGCCGUUUAACCGUGCAUGGACUUUAAACAUGCUAUUUUAUUCAAUAUCUAGACGUAGCACUUGGAACGAUUUGAUUUUCAGAAUAUUAUUGUAGUAUUCUAAUUGACGAUCUUAUUCUUCAGUAUUCGUUGACUUUUCAACUUAUUGUAAUACAAUCAUAAUAUCUAACCCAAGGCACACAUUUGUACUUCUUGCAUGAUUCAUCAAUACUUUGUUCGUCAGGUUUGCCAUAAUCAUUAACAAUAUUAAUAAACACUUUAACACUGAAACAAA